CACCCACCAUCGCGAGUGGGUGAGCGAGCUGCCUUUUUUCUUAAACUUGCCCCUCCAUCAACGGUUUGUCGCAGAUAGUGACACUUUCAAGGCAUCGCCGGCGAACCAUCACAAUCAUGUCGAUCGACUUCCCGAAAGAAGAGGAGGCCAUCAUCCAAAGAUGGCGGGAAAUCGAUGCCUUCCUGCGACAGGUUGAACUGUCCGAAGGACGCCCUCGAUAUACCUUCUAUGAUGGUCCUCCUUUUGCAACCGGUCUGCCUCACUACGGCCAUCUUUUGGCCUCCACCAUCAAGGAUGUUAUCCCUCGUUACUGGUCCAUGAAGGGCUACCACGUCGAGCGACGCUUUGGCUGGGAUACACACGGUCUGCCCAUUGAGCAUGAGAUUGACAAGAAGCUGGGAAUUUCUGGAAAGGCUGCCGUCAUGGAACUCGGUAUCGCCAAGUACAACGAGGAGUGUCGAUCCAUUGUCAUGCGAUAUGCCGGCGAAUGGCGACACACCAUUGAGCGUUUGGGACGUUGGAUUGAUUUCGACAACGAUUACAAGACAAUGGACCCCAAGUUCAUGGAGUCUGAAUGGUGGGUUUUCAAGCAACUGUUCGACAAGGACCAGGUCUACCAAGGACACCGAGUUAUGCCCUACUCUACUGUUCUCACCACCGCCCUGAGCAAUUUCGAGGCCAACCAGAACUACCAAGAUGUCACUGAUCCUGCAGUUGUCGUCACAUUUCCCCUUGUCGACGAUCCUGAAGUUAACCUGCUCGCCUGGACCACCACCCCUUGGACACUGCCAUCGCAUCUUGGUCUCGCAGCUCACCCUGACUUCGAGUAUGUCAAGAUUCUGGAUGAGAAGACAGGAAAGACUUUUAUCCUUCUCGAGAAGCUCCUUGGUACCUUAUACAAGGAUCCCAAGAAGGCUAAAUUCAAGAAGCUCGGAACAGUUCUCGGCAAGGAUAUGCUAGGAUGGAAAUACACCCCUCCUUUCGACUACUUUUACGAGGAGUUCAAGGACAUUGCCUUCAAGGUGUUGAACGCAACUUACGUUACAGACGACAGUGGUGUGGGUAUCGUCCACCAGGCACCGGCGUUUGGUGAGGACGAUUACAAUGUUGCUGCAGCCGCAGGUAUCAUUACCGAGAAGCGACCACCUCCUGACCCCGUCAACGACACCGGUCACUUCACUGACCGAGUCUCCGAUUUCAAGGGCCUGCAUGUGAAGGAGGCUGAUAAGCACAUCAUCAAGCACCUCAAGAACGCCGGUCGCAUCGCCAACGAGUCUCAGCUUAAGCACUCGUACCCCAUGUGCCCUCGCUCGGAUACUCCCCUUAUCUACAGGGCCGUUCCCUCUUGGUUCAUCCGCAUUCCCAACAUCGUCCCCGACAUGCUCAAGAACAUCGAGGGUUCCCACUGGGUUCCAUCAUUUGUCAAGGAGAAGCGAUUCGCCAGCUGGAUUGCCAACGCUCGUGAUUGGAACGUGAGCCGAAACCGAUACUGGGGUACUCCCAUCCCUCUUUGGGUCAGCGAUGAUCUGGAGGAGAGAGUGUGCAUUGGAAGUGUUCAAGAGCUUCGUGAACUGAGCGGAUAUGAGGGUGAUCUGUCUGAUCUUCACCGCGACAAGGUUGAUCAUAUCACUAUUCCCAGCAAGAUGGGCAAGGGUCAACUGAAGCGUAUCGAGGAAGUGUUUGACUGCUGGUUCGAGUCUGGAAGCAUGCCUUAUGCCAGCCAACACUACCCCUUCGAGAAUGUUGAUAAGUUCAACCAGUCGUUCCCCGGAGAUUUCAUCGCUGAGGGUCUGGAUCAAACCCGUGGAUGGUUCUACACACUGACAGUGUUGGGAACUCACCUGUUUGGCAAGUCGCCGUUCCAGAACUGUGUUGUCAACGGUAUUGUGCUUGCAGAGGAUGGCAAGAAGAUGUCGAAACGUCUCAAAAACUAUCCUGACCCUUCUAUCGUCAUGUCCAAGUACGGUUCUGAUGCUCUUCGACUCUACCUUAUCAACUCUCCUGUUGUGCGAGCCGAGCCCCUCCGCUUCAAGGAGUCUGGCGUCAAGGAGGUCGUUCAGAAGGUCCUUUUGCCGUUGUGGAAUAGCUACAAGUUCUUCGAGGGUCAAGUUGCACUGCUUAAGAAGGCAGAGGGCGUGGACUUCGUUUGGGAUCCGAAGUUGGAGUCAAGCAACACCAAUGUCAUGGACCGCUGGGUUCUGGCAGUUUGCCAAAGCCUUCUUCAGUUCGUGAACAAGGAGAUGGCCUCAUACCGUUUGUACACCGUCGUACCCAGGCUCCUUGGUCUCAUUGACAGCACAACGAACUGGUAUAUUCGAUUCAAUCGAAAACGACUCAAGGGAGAGAACGGUCUCGACGAUACCCUCCAUGCCCUGAACACCCUCUUCGAAGUGUUGUUCACUUUGUGCCGUGGACUGGCACCUUUCACCCCUUUCCUUACUGACAACAUCUACCUCAAGCUUCUACCUCACAUUCCCAAGGAGCUCCAAAGCGAAGAUCCCCGAAGCGUGCACUUCCUGCCAUUUCCCGAUGUCCGCGAAGAGUUGUUCGAUGAGGAGGUGGAGCGACGUGUUGGUCGCAUGCAGCGUGUCAUUGAGCUCGCUCGUGUAUCGCGUGAACGCCGUACCAUUGGUCUCAAGCAGCCUCUCAAGACACUGGUGGUAAUUCACUCCGAUCCUCAAUAUCUUGAGGAUGUCAAGUCCCUUGAGAAGUAUAUCAGCGAGGAGUUGAAUGUGCGAGACCUCGUGCUCUCGAGCGACGAAGCCAAGUACAACGUCCAAUACAGCGUCACUGCCGACUGGCCUGUUCUUGGAAAGAAGCUCAAGAAGGAUAUGGCCCGCGUAAAGAAGGGGCUGCCUCUCCUUACCAGCGAGCAGGUCCAGGGAUACGUCCGUGACAAGGAAAUCUUUGUUGACGGUAUUCGUCUGGAAGAGGGCGAUCUCGUUGUGCGCAGAGGUAUCAAGGAGGAUGAGUCUUCCAAGAACUUGGAGAUCAACACUGAUAGCGAUGUGCUCACCAUCCUGGACACUGAGAUUCACCCUGAGCUGGCAGCUGAGGGUCUAGGACGUGAGAUCAUCAACCGUGUACAGAGACUUCGAAAGAAGGCAGGUCUCGUGCCAACGGACGACAUUAAGAUGGAGUACCGUGUCAUUACAGACCCUGAAGAUAUUGGCUUGUCUGGUGCCUUCAAGUCCCAGAACCCAGUGUUUGAGAAGGUCUUGCGCCGACCACUAGAAGAGACUGGAGCGGAACCACAGACUGAGGGUCUUAUUGCAGAGGAGGAGCAAGAGGUCCAACAGGCAACAUUUUUGUUGAGAUUACUCAAGCUGUGAAUCUUCGGGAAACAAAAUUCAAGUUUAUGUAGGAGAUAAAUUAUUAAAAAAAAAAAAAGUUCGAUUAAAAGUGUGUUGUUUGUGGCUACAUGAG